GUGCAGAGAACAAUUUUUCAAAAUUUUGCCCGACACCGACGGGGCAAUUGGAGGCCGGAGACGGAGAUCGAGAGAGUACGAGAAAGGAAGAGGAGAGCGCCGGUCUCACCGCCUUUGCAAAAGAAGCCAUGAUAGGACUGCUCAGAGCUUCCUCCAGAAUCGGAGGAAUCAGGGGUUUCUCCAGCAAAGGGGGUCUUCGGCUCGAAGGCGUGGAGGAUAUCAUAGUCGUUGCCUCAGGCAAAGGCGGAGUCGGCAAGUCCACCACGGCAGUUAAUUUGGCUGUUGCACUCGCGAAGAGGUGUCAGCUGAAGGUUGGUUUGCUCGAUGCCGACAUAUAUGGUCCAUCGGUUCCCACCAUGAUGAAGAUUCAUGAUAAGCCGGAAGUGACUGAAGAUAAGAAGAUGGUGCCCAUUGAGAUGUAUGGAGUUAAGUGCAUAUCUAUGGGGUUCCUGGUGGAGAAAGAUGCACCCAUAGUGUGGAGGGGUCCCAUGGUAAUGAAUGCUCUUGAGAAAUUGACAAGGGGGGUGGAUUGGGGAAGUCUUGAUGUUCUUGUGGUGGAUAUGCCCCCAGGUACUGGGGAUGCUCAGAUAAGCAUGACACAGAGGCUACAGUUAUCGGGUGCACUGAUCGUCUCAACCCCUCAAGAUGUUGCUUUAAUUGACGCCCGAAGAGGUGCUAGGAUGUUUUCCAAAGUUGAAGUUCCCAUCCUCGGUAUUGUGGAGAACAUGAGCUACUUUAGAUGCCCGCAUUGCAAUCAAGAUUCAUUCAUUUUUGGUAAAGGUGGAACUCGUAAGACAGCAACUGAGAUGGAUAUCGAUUUAAUUGGUGAGAUACCGUUAGAAGGAAGAAUCAGAGAGGGUUCCGAUGAGGGAAUCCCUAUCGUGAUAUCAUCUCCUGAUUCGAUCGUUGCUGAAGCAUAUGGUGAUGUAGCUCUUAAAGUAGUGAGCAAACUAAAAGAAUUGGCAUCACGGAAACAACACCAUGCAGAAUUCCAUCUGUGAUCUGUUGCAGAUUUUUGCUUAGGUUUUACUAGCAGUUCUUGCUCUUGGUUUUUGAAUUUCUGCUCUGGGAGUGCUGAGAGGUUAAUCGUAUGUCAGAGGAUCUUGUUUGCAGGUUCGUUCACGAACUUAGUUUUGAGAAAGCUGACCCGAGGCUGUUAACUACUCAUGUCUUCAGAUUUGUUUGGUCAUCUCGACAGUAGAAGAGCUUCUGUGCAUAUGCCGUUUCAUUUUCUUGAUCGGUGUCAGGUGAUAUCGUGUUUGUCGAGCUGUCGCCGAUGUCCAGUGUUUCUUAGAAAGCAAAAAUGGCGACGUAGAAAUUGGCUC